UAUUACUACUGUCAAGGGGUAACUGACAGAGGAGUAAUCAAUGAGUCAUGUUGAUAACAGCAUGAAAUGAAGCCAAUGAAACAUCAUCAUCAUCCUAUGUCCUAGGAUUAGGAACUAGGAAGAAAGAAGAUUACACAUUUCAUCCAUGACUUCUCUUUCACUGUACUACCACCACCACUGUAUUUUGUUGGUGUAAUGUCUGUCUAAUGUCUAAACUACAACUCAUCACCUACCACUGAUAACUCCUUCCCUUCUCUCUCUCCACCACCGGUGCCUUCACACAUAAAAAACCACAAUUUUCCAUGUUCAUCAUCUUCUACGCUUUACCACAACCAACAACAAAACCCUUUUCUUCUUCUUGUCAUUUCUGGCUCUGGGGGGCACACGGAAAGCUCCACCUCAGCUUAGAUUCACUCUCACAUUUACCUCUUUUGGAAGGAAAUCUACUCUUUUUAGCCAUUUAAUUUGACCUUUUGGCUGUUGGGUGUCUUCUAAAUGUGUUGCUUUUGACAUUGGUUUUUGGGUUUUGUUUAGUCUUGAGAUCUGGAGUUUUGAGGAGUUGGUAUGGUGAGGGGGUUUCAAAGAUCUAAAUUUUGAAGGUUUCUCCUGUGAAGUUCAUUAUACAGAGGGUUUGGAUAUCUGAAAAGACAAGAUGGCCAGUGAUCUAAAUGCGGAACUAUCCAAGAAAACUGCCAUUUUGGGUCUCAAGGUCUGGGAAGUGAUUGGAAUUUGUGUUGCCUUGUUUAUCGUUAUCAUCCUCUCUGUACUGUCCUUCUGUUUAACUUCACGGAAGAAAUCUAGAAGAGAUAGAAACCAUCUUCCACCAAGUCAAAUCCCAACUGUUUCGAAGGAAAUUACGGAAGUUCGGGUGGAACAAGUAUCAACAAAUGAGUUUGUACCUCGUGAUGGGAUUCUCCUGACAAUUCAUGACAAGUCCAGUGAUAAAGAAUCGGAUAAGGUCUUGGUUCAUCUGGGUAUGGGGAAAGUGAAGAAUGGAGACAAUAUGAGUCGGUCAGGUUCUUUUCAUCAUUUAGAGAAAGACUGUGGAUCACAAUCAGGUGAAGAAGGGAGUUCUGGAAAAGUAACUGUAUACAAACCUUCUUCUUCAUACCCCAUCACUGCUCCUUCUCCAUUGAGUGGCCUGCCUGAGUUUUCUCACUUGGGUUGGGGUCACUGGUUUACACUGAGGGAUCUUGAACUUGCAACAAACCGGUUUUCAAAGGAGAAUGUCCUUGGUGAGGGUGGAUAUGGAGUUGUUUAUCAGGGACAUUUGAUUAAUGGCACUCCAGUGGCAGUAAAAAAGAUCCUGAACAACUUGGGCCAAGCGGAAAAGGAGUUUAGGGUGGAAGUUGACGCCAUUGGCCAUGUCCGACACAAGAAUUUGGUUCGUCUUCUGGGAUAUUGCAUAGAAGGGACACACAGGAUAUUGGUGUAUGAGUACGUCAACAACGGAAACUUGGAACAGUGGCUUCAUGGAGCUAUGCGUCAGCAUGGGUAUCUUACUUGGGAGGCCCGCAUGAAGGUUCUACUUGGCACGGCUAAGGCUCUUGCCUAUUUGCACGAGGCCAUUGAGCCAAAAGUGGUGCAUCGAGACAUCAAGUCGAGUAAUAUAUUAAUUGAUGACGACUUUAAUGCCAAGGUUUCUGAUUUUGGCUUGGCCAAGUUGCUUGGAGCUGGAAAAAGCCAUGUGACGACUCGAGUUAUGGGAACCUUUGGAUAUGUGGCUCCUGAAUAUGCAAAUACUGGACUUUUGAAUGAAAAGAGUGAUGUUUAUAGCUUUGGGGUUGUGCUCUUAGAAGCAAUCACUGGCAGAGAUCCUGUAGACUAUGGCCGCCCUACUCAUGAGGUAAAUCUUGUAGAUUGGUUGAAAAUGAUGGUCGGAAACAGACGGUCUGAAGAAGUAGUAGAUCCAAACAUUGAGGUGAGGCCAUCAACAAGAGCUCUAAAACGUGCCCUCUUGACCGCUCUGAGGUGUGUUGAUCCAGAUUCUGAAAAAAGACCUAAGAUGAGCCAAGUUGUUCGAAUGCUCGAGUCUGAGGAAUAUCCUAUUCCAAGAGAGGAUCGGAGGCAUAGAAGAACUCAGGGAGGCAUGGAAAUUGAAUCUCAAAAGGAGAAUUCUGACACGGAUCGCAGCGACUAUCCAGGCUCAAGAACUGAAAGCCGGCCAACUUGACAAACGUGAGAUUCAUUUAGGGAAUCCAAUACUGUUGAUAUCUAGGACACUGAACAGUGGGACAAGUGAUUUUUCCUUCUAUCCUCGCCUUUUUUUUUUUUUUUUCAUUUUGUUGUAGGGGGAGAGGUGAUUUGUUUCUGUUUUUUUAUUGACUUGGUAUUGUGAAGAACGUAUGUUACUGGGGCCUAGGGGUGUGUACAGAACUGGGUAAGCUAUUCAAAUAUUGUUUGAUGAAA